AUGCCAACUCCUGCCAAGACGCAUCUUCCAAUCAAACAGGAAAUCAGUAGCUCUGGGCUUUUAGAAGAGGACAGUGGUCGAGACAAUGAAGCUGAUGUUGCCCUUUUGCGCUUGCCUGCACCGUCCCUUCGAGGCACAUUUGCAAAAGCCUAUUCAUUACUAACUCGCCUGGUUGCCAAGAUUGGGUGGGAUGAGUUAUUAAAAUGUCGAUCAUCGGUCUUUGUGAUGGAAGAGGAGUAUCGCAUGCAGAAAGCCGCCGAGGAGGAACGAAAAAAUCAAAAAACCUCGGUUGACCCCCAAACUAAAGGAGAUAAUGAUGAAGAGGGGGACGAUGUUGCGAAUGUCAAAACGAAUGGUUUGAAUGAUUCGUCGCGAUCCAUACCAAAAAUCACAGUUUCCAAUGAUUCUGAAGAGGACCCAGAUAAAAAAGUUUUAAAACACCCCUCAGAUUCUCAAGAAAAUGAUGCUUCCGAGACCGGUGGCGAAGAGGUGAACGGGAGACAAGAGGCGAAGAAUGAAAACGAUGAUGAGGAGAACGAGGUUUAUCAUUCGGCACCUGUCGAUGAGCAAUCUGUCGACUCAGACACAUUGGAGGAGGUUAACCUCAACGAUGAAAAAAACGGUAAGGGUGAUCCUUCCCAAAUUCCGGCGGUAGAAUUCAAAGGUCCCGAGUUGGAGAAACCUUUGCAGGCUGCCAAUGACGAUAAGAAUGACAGUCAAAGCCUACAUGAUGACCAAAAUAAGGAUUUAAGAGUGUAUACGGUCUGGAGGUCUGAGGUUUCUCAUUACAAGAAUCAUCAGAUGUCCUAUCGCAAAACCGGUACUGAAUGGGAGAUUCUGGGUGAUCUCGCAGCAAGAUUGCACCGUAAGGAAGAUGCAAAGGAGGCCUACAAAAAUUGUCUCGAACAUAAAUUUUCCUCGAAGGCAUGGUUGAGACUGCUGGAAUUCCAUGCGGAGGAAGGGGAAGUCAAGAAUGCCUUGACGGCCGCCGUGAAAUUGGCAGUCUACCACGAAAGAUGGUAUCACGAAAUAAUU